UGCUGCUGCUGCUGCCACUGCUGGCUGAUCCACCCUCUUCGACUGCUGCCCCAGAAACACUUCUCCUCACGCGUUUGCCCGCCCCGGCCGUUCCAGCCUAUCCGCUUGCCUGCAUAAAAUCCCUUGCCUCUUUCCACCUUCGCCUCGCUGCUUCCACGCCCACACCUCCCACUUACCCCUCGCAUACGUCCUCUUUCCACCUCCACACACGCGCGCAUACAAAUUCCCCCUCCCCACACGUCCAUUCGCACACCGGACGCACACGCACUCCUACGCACCUAUCUACACACCUUGCAACCGCUCCAUCCUUAGGAAAACAAUGACCGAUUCGCCCCGCGCACAACUGCCCAUAGAUCCGGAUGAGCGUCCGAUCGAGGGCCAGCUGCAGCAGAUCCGCAAUCAACUCGAGCUCCUGAAGCAGGAUAAAAGCUGUUAUGUUAAGAGCGGCGAUGUAAUCAAGCUGUACAAGGCUACCAUUGAGCAGGUCAAAGCUCUCAACGAACUAAGGCAGCGCAAAGAUAAGAAGGACGAACAGAACAGAGGUGAGUGAUUUUCGGCUACGUUCGGCGUCUUUGCCUUUUGCACAUCACUGCUUUUGAUGUCCUCUCAUCUUGUCGUAUCGCACCAAGCUUGUAAUUGCAAAGUGUUUGAUUUUGCCACUCAUUCUUGCCUGCCUAUUUGGUGCGGUCGCAACCCCUCUCUAAGUCCAACAUUUGUGUGGUUGCGGAACCUCGUUUACCGAACCGAGUAGCAAGGCUCAGCAUGAGGCUUACUAAUCCUUCGUCCAGUCGACAUACUUUGCGACGACUGCUUCCAGCUGAUCUCUCUUGGUUUCAUGGCCAUUGGAAAGAACAAUGACGCGCCUGGAAUAUACUCAAUUAUCUCAAGCAUCAAGCGUUUGCUGGACCACCUAAACGAGGCGGCUUUUUAUUCCGCCAAGGACUUGGAAUCCAUCUCGCGUGAAUUGCAGAAGCACCGAGCCUCGCUCAAGCGAUGCCAGGCGGAGUAUGACCCCGAGCUUAUCGAGCUAAUCGAGCGCCGCAUGGCCGUAUGCGAGACCGCCCUGGCGCGAUUGCAGGCUGUCAUUGAUCACCUGGGUCCUGAGCAUAUCGUGACCUGGGAGAAACUGGUUUCCAUCUUGCGGAGACUGUCAAACCUAAACACGCGGUCACGGUACAGUAAAGAAGAGCACUCGGCUCUCAAGAAGGAACUCGAAGACCUGGAGACAGCAUGCCCUUCCUUGCACAAGGAGCUUCCGGAGUCAAUAGCCGCGCGCUACGAGCAGAUCAUUCUAGAACAGGAAGACGCUUUGAAAUUAUCACCGGAGAAGCUAGUCACAAAUCUAUACGAGCGAUGCGUGUUGUGGUCAUGGAUGAUUGAGCAGAAGCCGCUAUACGUGGACGAGGACUUCAGAGAGCUGUACACUACUCUCAAAACCAUCCGUGACCAGCUCGAGAGCCGCUCCCUUCUCCAGGCCUGGUCACUGCGUGAAACAGAUCUGUAUGACUAUCAAAGGCGACUCGACCGCAUUGACGGUGCAAGGACAGUAGACGGCAAUUUCGUGGAUGCCAAGGGCAAGAAGGCGUGCCUACAGACACAACGGACGCUGCUUUACUUUUUAAGGAAGAGCUACGCGCUCAUCUACUAUAUGCUUACGCAAUCGGAACCCGUAUCCGAGGCGCUGCUACCUAUUUAUAACCAGCUCAAGACGUUGAAGAAAUGCCUUCGCGAGGUACAGAAGGCUGGUGGUGUUUCGUCACCGAGAGAGUUGUAUCCCUACAGUAUGAAGCUCAACUCCAUAGACAACAUGCAGGUAGAUGGCAAGUUCAUGGUCAACGGCGACAUCCCUGACGGCCAGGCUGCCGUCGUCUCGCUCCUGCAUGAAUGCUAUGAGCUUACUCAACAACUCAAAGAACAGGCUGAAGAGAACGAAGAGGCAGAGGAGUCGGGCAGUGCUGUCCCAGUACAGGCAGCUGUCCCUAGCACCGCGUGAUAUUUCAUAACCCUUUUUGAUGUUUACGAUGAUGUUUUUUUUUGUGCUAUGAAUGAGGAGGCCCACGCAGACUAUGUUUAUAGUGCAUGUAUGCUCUCACCUACCUGCUCUUCGUCUCCAAAAAUUUUUCGGCGGCUGAUUCUUUUAUCUGGGGCGCUAUGAAUAGAUUGGAGAGUAAAGGGAAUGUAUUCACACACCGUCCUUAACAAAUGACAGGAGGCCGCGCUUUGUACUGAUUAUCGAAAGACGUAUUGUAUUACUGUGGUGACAGCGGCGGUGACGGUAGCUAGGGGUGGAACUACGAACAGAGUCAUCGUGCAGCGGUUUUGUUGCUUUACAGUUUGAAAAUCAAGACUUAGGUCCAUCUUCUUUUCAGA